UUGCGUGUGGUAUUCGAUGCCUCGGCUAAAACGUCCACGAACGUUUCGCUUAAUGAUAUUCUAUUGACCGGGCCUAAUCUGUAUCGAGAUAUUGGGGCUAUAAUAUUGAAUUUUAGGUUGUUUGAAUAUUGUUUGAUUUGUGACGUAUGCAAAAUGUAUCGGGCAAUUAAACUGAAUCAGUCAGAUAGAUGUUAUCAACAUAUUUUGUAUCGUCAUUCGCCUAACGAUGCCAUUGACGUUUAUGAAUUAAAAACUGUCACUUACGGCUUAAGUUGCUCACCGUUCUUAGCUAUCCGCACCCUCUUACAGUUAGCCUAUGACGAGGAAGAACGUUUCCCACUCGCUGCAAAGGUUGUGCGCGAGGGCGUGUACAUGGAUGACAUUCUAUAUUCUUGUAGUUCAUUGUCACAGAUAUCUCGGUUACAAGAUGAACUUUUAGAGAUGUUUAAUUCCGGUGGCUUUAUACUCAAAAGGUGGGCGAGUAAUAGUGCAAAAGUUUUACAACGCGUUCCGUUAGAAAACCGAGAGUGUCCUGUUACAUUUAUGAAAGAUGGUAACGAAUAUUCAGUCAAAGUGCUAGGUCUGAAAUGGUUCCCUUUGACUGACUGUUUUUAUUUCACAGUAGAUAAGACUGAUAAAGUAACAACUAAACGUUCUGUUUUAAAAUUAUUAGCUUCUAUUUACGACCCCGUGGGUUUUAUUUCACCGUGCAUUUUCAUCGCGAAAGAGAUAAUGCAAGAUUUAUGGAAGCUGGGCAUAGGAUGGGAUGAGCAGCUGCCAACUGACGUAACUAAGCGCUGGCUUAAUUACGUUGAUGAUCUCCCUCGACUAACGGCAAUCAAGAUAGAUAGACAUAUGCUGCUACCAGAACAGACCGAAUGUGAAUUGGUCGCCUUUUGCGAUGCAAGCUCUCGCGGUUAUGCUAGUUGUGUGUAUGUGAUCAGUCGUAACGAUAGAGGUCCACGCACCUUACAAAACAUUAUUAAUCAAAAUUUUUGGAUUUUAGCAUCCCGUCGCAUUAUUCGGUCAGUUUUGUCCAAAUGCAAAAUUUGUUUUAAACACAACCCAGUGCUCUUACAGCCUGAGAUGGCACCUUUGCCAGCAGCCCGAUUGAUACCUUGUAAUGUUUUUGAGCAUGUAGGGGUGGACCUCGGUGGUCCGUUCUUUACAAAAGAAAGUUUACGACGAAAUGCUAGGGUUGAACGGUCAUAUUUAGCAUUAUUUAUUUGUUAUUCGACAAAAGCUGUACACCUUGAAGUCUUAUCGUCGUUGUCAUCGGACUGUUUCCUCGCGUGUUUAGACAGAUUUGUAGCGCGACGCGGUGUGUGCUCCUUCCUUUAUUCGGAUUGCGGAACUAAUUUCAUAGCUGCUAGUAAGCAUUUAACCGAAGUACAAAGAUUUAUGCUCGAACAAAAAAACAAUAUAUUAGAGGGUUGCUCAAAACGACAAAUUAUAUGGAGAUUUAAUCCCCCUGGUGCACCACAUAUGGGUGGGCUCUGGGAAGCUGGAAUUAAAUCCGCCAAGUAUCUAUUAACGCGAGCCGUAGGAGAAAAAAGUUUGACGUUCGAGGAACUCACAACAGUGUUUUGUAAAGUAGAAGCGAUUCUCAACUCGCGGCCGCUUUGUCCGUUACCAGCUAGUGAUAAUCCUGAUGAGUUCAACGUUUUGACUGCGGGACACUUUCUAAUUGGAAAAGGGUUAACAGCAGUACCUGAGUAUAAUGUAGAGGAUAUAACAAUAAAUCGAUUAUCACGUUGGCAAUAUAUUCAAAAAUGUUCACAAAUGUUUUGGCGUAGAUGGAGUCACGAAUAUCUAAAUACGCUGCAACAGAAAGCAAAGUGGCAUUCGGAUAGAUCUAAUAUAAAAAUAGGUGAUCUCGUAAUCAUAAAAACUGAUAAUGUACCGCCGUGCAAUUGGCCUUUGGGUAGAAUUGAGGCUCUUCACCCCGGUCCAGAUGGGAUUGUUCGUUGUGUUACGCUUCGCACUCAAAAGAGUACUCUACAGAGACCAGUUAAUAAACUGAGUCCUCUACCUUAUUCAAAUUAG